AUGCAUAUACUUGUAGUCAACGACGACGGUCCUCCUUCAAACCAAUCAUCUCCAUACGUCCACUCUCUCAUACAGGCUCUCCAGGGAGCAGGACAUAUUGUGUCAGUGGUCCUACCACAUACGCAACGGUCAUGGAUCGGGAAAGCACAUAUGGUGGGGCAAACGGUCAAGCCAACAUACUACCGUCCAGGAACCCUUCAUAAAGACGACGGAACCACCCACCACAGGCCCUUACCAGCAGGCUCAACGAAGCAAGAAGAAUGGGUAUUAGUAGAUGGGACGCCAGCAAGCUGUGUGCAAAUCGGACUCUACCACUACUUUCACGACCGUGGACCAAUUGACCUUGUUGUCAGUGGGCCAAAUUACGGAAGAAAUUCCACGGCGGUGUUCAGUUUGAGCAGUGGGACUUUAGGAGGGGCGCUUGAAGCAGCUGUCUGUAAACGCAAGGCGAUCGCGCUGAGUUAUGCGUUCUUCUCAAUGGAGCAUCCUAAGAAUCCAGACUCGGCUCAUGACCCGGAAAUUAUUGCGAACGCAUCCAAACUGUCCAUAAAGCUUAUCGAGCAUCUAUAUAAUAACUGGGGCGAAGAUGUCGAUUUAUACACCAUUAAUGUACCGUUGGUCGAGGGGGUGGAGAGUAGGAAGGUUAUGUGGACAAAUAUGCUGCAGAAUUAUUGGGGUCCUGGAAGCUGUUUCAAGGAGGUUGAAGACAAGGAUGGAAAUGCCGAUGACGAGGAGCAAAGAAUACGACAAGGAGAAGGGGAGGAGGAGAUUAAUGGGGAGACCGAAGAGAAGACUGUUACGAGACAUACGCAUAAGCUUUUCAAGUGGGCACCCAGGUUUACCGAUGUGUACAACAUCACCCCAUUAAAAGCAAACUUUAUGCAUGCGGCGGCCCAAAUAGAGGGGGAGUUGAAGUUGCCAUUAGAAGAUAUAAAAAAUCUAGCUACAUUAUCCCUCAAGCCUUCGGAUACCAAACAUAUUUACGCCGUCAUCAAUUAUGAGGAUGAGUACGUCCAACCGUUAAUUCUCGCAGCCCUUAAGUCACGCCUACCAAAGGAUUCAUACACACUGAUAUCCUCAAUAUCCGAACUGCCAGAACCAGGUGCCCCCUUCCUUCAAAUAGGGGAUUAUGAAUCCCUCCCCUUCGAUCAUGUCAUGGCCCAUCCAUCAAUGUCGUUGGUCAACUCCUAUAUCAUCCGCAAAGCCUUGAUUCGAAAGCACUACCUCAGCACUACUGCGUAUAACUGGACUGUGAAACAUCCUUCCUCCAUCCUGUCCACGAAUAUCAAGCCAUCUUGUGACUUCGAGCUUGACUAUGCCGAGUUCCUUGACGAUGCUCUGGUAGAAGCUUGGGAACUAAAGGAAAGUUUCCAGAAGAAUGAGGGGAAGGAACCAAAUGAGAGGGAGUGGUGGAUUCUGAAGCCAGGUAUGAGUGAUCGCGGACAAGGGAUCCGGCUAUUCAGCACAGAGGAAGAACUACAGUCCAUCUUUGAGGAAUGGGAGGCUGCGCAACCUGAUUCUGACGACGAGGACGAGGACGAAGAACAAGACGAUGAUAUUUCAUCGAGCAAUGCAGUCAAAGACGCCUCCGCAGGUGAUGACUACAUCAUGACAUCCCACCUUCGCCACUUCAUCGCACAGCCGUACAUCGAUCCACCCCUCCUACUUCCAGGUGCUUCUGGUGCGCCAACCAAAUUCCAUAUCAGGACGUACGUCGUCGCCGUGGGCAGUCUGAAAAUCUACGUCUACAAGCCGAUGCUUGCCCUCUUCGCCUCAACGCCAUAUUCUCCCCCAUGGACCGCUUCUUCUAGUACAGAUCUCUUCGCCCACCUGACAAACACCUGUCUACAACCCUCAUCUGCUUCUUCAAAUGCCUACAACCCUGUGUCUGAAUUCUGGUCCAUUCCGAACUCCUCGCUUCCUCAAUCUACCAAAGACAGCAUUUUCACCCAAAUCUGUGAGACAACAUCUGAACUAUUCACUGCGGCUUCCCAAACUAUGAUGAUACAUUUCCAAACACUACCUAAUGCGUUUGAGGUCUACGGCGUGGAUUUCCUGGUCGACGAAAAGGGGACUGCGUUUUUAUUAGAGGUUAAUGCUUACCCGGAUUUCCAACAAACGGGGGAUGAAUUGAGAGGGCUUGUAGGUGGGCUCUGGGAAGACGUUGUAAGAGUUGCUGUGGGAGACUUUUUCUUUGGGGAUGAGGUGGAGGGGAAGGAAGGUGAAGAGAGCUUGAUUUUGGUUGGGGAGGUGGCGCUUGGAAGGAGAUAG